GCGCACUUGCAUGGAGCAGCUACACCUAAGCGUGCAGGAUAGCUUUACAGUCAGUCCGCCCCGUAACAUUAGUCUUCUGGAAAGUGGUAUGGAUUGGUCUGUUGGGUCAGCUACCGCUGAUCACGUCAUACACCCCUGCGCGAGCAUAUCCCACCUCAGUCACUUAACUUUUUCAUGAGCAGCUGUGAGAGUGUAUGAUCUUGUCUUAUCACUAUGCAAGCUCACAUAUGUAUCCUUUUCCUACUCCCUUUGAUGUGCAUUCCGGAGCCUGUUCACUGUUCAAUAAAUCCAUGUUGCUACUUCCCAUGUGAAAAAAAAGGAAUAUGUGUUAGAUUUGGAUACGAUGAGUACGAAUGUGAUUGCACCGGCACAGGAUACUAUGGCAAGAACUGCACCAUUCCUGAGUUCUGGACAAAAGUUCGCCUAUUUUACAAGCCAAGCCCUGCUUUUUAUCACUAUGUACUGACUCGCUUUAAAUGGCUUUGGGACAUUAUCAACCAUACCUUUCUGAGAGACCUACUCAUGAAAACAGUGCUGACUGUGCGAGCCAAUCUGAUACCAAGUCCUCCAACAUACAACUCUGACUAUGGUUACAUCAGCUGGGAAGCGUACUCCAAUGUUAGUUACUACACAAGAGUUCUUCCACCUGUCCCUGAAGACUGCCCAACUCCUAUGGGAACAAAAGGAAAACAGGAGCUGCCAGAUCCUCAGAUUAUUGCAGAAAGGUUCCUGUUAAGGAGGAAGUUUAUCCCAGAUCCCAGAGGAACCAACUUGAUGUUUGCUUUCUUUGCUCAGCACUUCACACACCAAUUCUUUAAGACUCAUGGGAGGAUGGGUCGUGGGUUCACAAGAGCUCUGGGCCAUGGAGUAGAUCUGGGACAUAUAUAUGGUGACUCCCUGCAACAUCAACAUGCCCUGAGACUGUUUCAGGAUGGAAAGAUGAAAUAUCAGAUAAUAAAUGGAGAAAUCUAUCCACCAACAGUAAAUGAUGCUGCUAUUAACAUGACCUAUCCUCCUCACAUCCCUGAUGAGAAACGUUUUGCCAUGGGACAGGAAGUUUUUGGCCUUCUUCCAGGGUUGUUGAUGUAUGCAACAAUUUGGCUUCGAGAGCACAACAGAGUAUGUGAUAUCCUGAAAGCAGAACAUCCAACCUGGGAUGAUGAACAGUUGUUUCAGACUGCUAGGCUUAUACUGAUUGGAGAGACUAUAAAGAUUGUAAUUGAAGACUAUGUUCAGCAUCUGAGCGGUUACUACCUAAAGUUGAGGUUUGAUCCAGAGUUGCUGUUUGGAGUGCAGUUCCAGUACAGAAAUCGAAUUGCUGUGGAAUUCAGCCAUCUUUACCACUGGCAUCCACUAAUGCCAGACAGGUUUCAUAUACAAGGCGACACAUACAAUUACCAAAAUUUUCUGUUUAACUCAUCCAUUCUUUUGGAUUAUGGAGUGGAAGCAUUAGUGGACUCAUUUUCUAAGCAGAUAGCAGGUCAGAUUGGUGGUGGAAAAAACAUGAAUCAUAAUAUUCUAAAAGUUCCUGUUUUGGUAAUAAUGGAGUCCAGAUUACUGAGACUACAGCCAUUUAAUGAAUAUAGAAAGAGGUUUGGUUUGAAGCCCUACAAAUCAUUUCAAGAACUAACUGAUGACAAGGAGAUAGCAGCCGGGCUACAGGAACUGUAUGGAGAUAUUGAUGCCUUGGAGUUCUACCCUGGAUUAAUGCUAGAGAAGCCUCAACCUAAUGGCAAUUUUGGAGAAAGUAUUGUAGAAAUUGGAUCCCCUUUCUCUCUGAAAGGCCUAAUGGGAAAUCCAAUAUGCUCGCCAGAAUACUGGAAACCAAGUACAUUUGGAGGGACAAUUGGAUUUGACAUUGUUAAAACUGCUUCACUGCAGAAGUUAGUUUGCCUUAAUGUAAAAAAAUGUCCAUAUGUUGCAUUUCAUAUCCCAAAGAAACAGUCAAGUGAUGAAAGCACACCUACAGGGAAAGAGCCUUCUAUCGAACUUUAGUAGAUAAUAGGAAGAUAAGCAUAAAACAAACAGUAAGUAGGGCAUUCUUUUUUCCGGAAAGAUAACAUAUGAAGUCAUUCACAGAGUCAUAUAUUCCAAGUUUGCUAUAGCCAUUGUAAUAGAUUCUCAAAUGAAAAAACUGAUGCAACUCAUGGAAAUACUGGCUUACACCCAACCGAUCAUGCCCCAGGGAUUGUGAAUGCAGUUCUCUUAGCAGACCAAAUAAUAGGAGCAAAAUUAAUUUAGGUUACAACAGUGUUAUAAUAUGAUCUGUCUGUGAACAAUAACCCUAGUGAUGUGAUAAUUAUGUUCUACCCUUAGAUGCCCCACCACUGAUUUAGUAGACUUCGUCAACCCUGAAUUCAACCUCUCAAACUGUAACAAUAUACAUGAUUAUUGAUCCACUAUAUUAACUCAUACACCAGGUGCUCAAGUUUCAGUACCUUACCUGCAGUCACUUAAGUGACGGGAUAUUCAUGAUCAGCAGUGACAUUCAGAAAGUUGCAUUUUCCAGAGGGGCAAACUCCAGCACCCUCCCCACACACACACGCACACAGUAUAGGGGGGCCCACACCUUCAGACUAUAAAUAUACUGUCCCAGAGGUCACACAAACUCAGAGGGAGUAUAUUUACAGACACAGUAUGUAUGUUCAAGUAUGUGCAUUUGAGUACAUGCAUGACAGAUCAGUUGUGAGUAAAUGAAUCAUGAGCAGAAGAACCUCAAGCAAACAAAAGAUAAUCCAUGGUUAUGCAUGGCUUAUAAAGACCACAGACCUAAAAGACAUUCUUGGACAAAAUCCUUAGUCACUAUAUCCACAACACUUGACUGGAACAUCUCUGUUGCUCAGAUGCCCUCUUUGCCAACAGUCACCUGAAUAUAAUCAGCUGUUGAGGUAAAGCUUUGACUGACAGGAGAGUCAGAAGUCAGAAAGGCUGGGAAGUAGAUUACUGUGCCAUUCUUGGUAUGUAGAUGGAUGGAAAGAGGGCCAGUGAACUGCCUUCUGCACUGAACAAUGGAUUGCAUCCUGUUGGGUGACCAAAAGCAAAUGUUAACAUUUUAAAAAUAACAGGCUAGUGAUAAUGAAAUGUUGUCUUCUGCAUGGGAAUGACCUGACCUGUUGAGGUUGUGUUUGCUGAAUGAUGGUUUGACAAGCCCAUCCUAAGAAUUAUCAUUUGAUUGAAGCUUUUAAAUUCUUUUCCUGAUAAUAUAAUGACCACAAAGUUUAAAUUGAGGUGCAAAAGUACCUCCCUGCAUAAUAGUGCAUAGGCUGUGCCCCACAGCAAAUAUUUGCUUCACCUACAUACCCUCAAUUUUAAACUUGCUAAGAGCUCAACUUCUCAAGUUAAACUUGUCAGGAAUUUGACCCAUUGGUAAAAAAAUAAACAUUUUUUUGAGUGGACAAGCCCACUUCCCCAUCCCCCCUAUAUUUACUUGUAGCAAUCCCAUGGAUGUUCAAACAUGUAGAAAAGAAAAUCUGCCAAAACAAAGGAAUUACUGCUGGUGCUGUCUUAGAAGCUGCACCAGAACUGAUUUCCUGUGGAAAACAGGGAAAUGAGAGUUCAACAUCAGGGAGUUAAACUGAACCAGAUGGAAACUCAUCAAGUUGGAACUCAGUGAGCUGUAGGGAAACCAAACCAUUUAAUUCAUGUUGCAGUAUGUUUUUCACCAAAUUACCAUUUCAUAUGACUGGAUUUAGCCAAAUAACUCAACAAAAAGGGCUAAGAUAGUACAUUUUAUCACUGCUAGAUCAUUAUAAAGAUUUUAAAACAUAUUGUAGCUUAUUAUGGUGGAACUAAACAAAAAUGCAAUAAAACAACUCUGCAAAUUUAAUUUUAUGUUUCACACUUGCUAACGUAAUUUUGAGUAAAUAAAUUGCAUACAAUGCUGUAUGCAUUGUGUACACUCACCGUACUCAUGGAACAUAGUUGUAGAAAGAUGAUUUUUGAGGCUGUCUCCUUAUAUGACUUCCAGCAGAAACUACACUUUGCAAUGCCAGUUUGGACACAGGACUUUUAAACUAUCCCUUAUGGUUUAAGUCUUUUGAAUUACUUCAGCUGGACUUUGAGUAUUUGUCAUAUAGUGAGAUUUUCAGCUAUUAAAUGCACUGAUUUGCAGCAGUAUUAUUAUUAUCAGUUUAUGUUUGCUCAUUAAGCACUAUAUUUACAGAGAUUACUCACAUUUUCCAACUAUAUUCAUUACUAAUUAUAUCAUCUGAGCAACUUUCAACAUUGAAAAUCAUGUGAAAUAGUACAUUUACAUGCGUAAAGUAACUAUGAAGGAAACAAGCCCACCCAACAGUGCUUAGUUCCAUCUCAGGCAGCCAUUUUAUGAGGGACCAGUAAAUAGCAAGAAUUAUGAGAAGGCCAGCAUGACUGCUUACUUUUUCCCAAUGACUUGAUAUGGCAUAACAAUUUGGUAAAAAAUGCAAGUGUGUCAGCCCAAAGGAAUAUUUCAUAAAUAUUCUAGAAUUUUAAUGUCAUGUGGAUGCAGAACUAAAUGCAUCUGGUUCAGCAUGAAAGAAGAGUAAACAAGAAUUUAAUGAGAACAUCUGGAUGUAACUAGCUGUUUAUUGUCAUUUCUGGAAGAGAACUGUCCCUUGAGUGUCUGUGUUACAUGAAUGGAAAAGUGAAAGAAACAUUUUUCUGGUUAAAAACUGAUUAGCCUUGUGCUUGCUGCUGUUAGCAAAGUAAAAAAGGGUCAUAUUUUAUAAAACAAACAUGAACUAAUAGCAUUAGCAUGAUUAAAAACUUGUUCCAGACUGCAGUGUUCUAAAUACGGGAUGAAGAAUGGUCAAAUGCAUAAUCUUCUUAUGACCUUGUUUUCCAGAAUGACUAGAAGUCGAUGGAUCCCCACCAGCACGUGCACUGAGUAGUGUUGUUAUAUAAUUUAGGAGUUUCUGAUGGUUUCACUCCCUUUUGAAUAUCCCUUUUAUUGUUAAUAUUGAGAAAAUAGUAACAUUAAAAUAGAAAUGUCAUAUUCCAUUGAAAACCUCACCCUUAACAGUAUUUAUUUAAAAUGCCGCCAGUAUUGUUUGGAUAAAAUCAUAAUGUGCCCUGAGUUAUCACUGACUAUGUGGUUCCCAUACUUUCCCUAACAUAGCAGUGACUGUUAAGUUCAGAAUUUCAGUCAUUUUGUCACACCUGUAUGUGUAGUAAAGCACUGUGGUUCAGGAAGUAAAGAGGGUCAUGUGAGUAGCAUUGCGGACUUCAUUUUUGUUCAUUUAUUGUACUUCCUGUGUAUACAGAUUUUUAAAAAGACUAUAAAAGAGUUUUUAUGAAAGAUCUACUGUUUGUGUAUUCUUUGUUAUUUAAGAUGUUUUUUUAAAAAAUAUAUAUGUUUUUGAAAACCACAGUUGACCAGGUUUGUAAUACUCACUGCGCAUGCACCAAGAUAUGUAGUGUUGACACUGUCCUAUCCUUAUUUUGCACUUAGCUGAAUUUUCUUCAAUGGCCUCUAUUACUUUUGGCCACUGGUGGAGAAUGUCUGUAGUUAAGGACCAGUACUAAUAGUAAUAUGUGUUCUUAGUUGCAGACACAUUUUAAUGUGUCACAUGUCAUCCAUUGUCAAGUGUGCUGCUGCCUUACUGAAAUAAAGGGUCACUGCCUACUACUGCCUCUUCA